AUGAAAACCUAUGAAGAUUAUGUUCGUAAUACUGGUGCACAAGUAUCACAUCCAUUGAUGAAAGAAAUGCUUGCUGAUAUAGCGGCAGCCGAAAUUGAUAAACUUUUUGAACCAAAAGGACUUGAAUUUCUUGAUCAAGAACAUGCAAAACGUCGUGCUAUUCAGCAAGCACAUCAGUUUGCUUAUGAAAAAUAUGGAUCGGGUGGCAUAUUUAAUGUGCAAGAAGGUCAAUAUGGAGGACACUAUCACCGUCAUCAUUAUCAUCACUAUGAAGAAUAA